UUGGUGAGAGUGUUGGGGGAGUUGUGUGGUAGCUGUCUGGGUGUGAUUGCAGUCUGAUCUGUUUACAAUCACUAGGUUAAAACCAUGGAAGGGAAUGUGUUGUGGUUCUGGCAGCUGGAAGUUUUAAGCGUCUUCAACUUUCUUCAAUCCAAAAUCUUUAACUUUGAAGAUUUGAGGUGAAGCUCUGGGAGCUGAGGGCCUCCAAACGAUUAGAAGAAUUCCAGAGAGAACUUAUUUUUAAAACAAAGAAUUAUAAGUAGACAGCAGGCAAGGGAGUUGAGGGGAGGGCUGUUUUUGAAGUCUGACAUUUAACUGAAGAAUUCUCAGUGUGUGCCAGUCCUGUGACACAUUUUAAAGCGCAGCUUUCUGUGGUGAAACCCCAGGGUCCAGGCUGUGAUGGGGAAAGGGAGCUGGGGCACAGUCAACAACACCAGCUGAUGGAUCAGACUGGGGAAAUGCAGCUAUCUCCAUGAAACCACCACAUCAUCACCGUAUCUCGGAGAAGAAUCAGGAUCUGAUUCUGGUGAUUUACCUGCAUUGUGUCUGCCUGAGCUUCAGUAAACAGCAACUGGAAACUCACCCUGAGCUCAGUUCUGUGUCUGUGACUGUGAAAUUACUGACAGCAAAUCCCAAAGGGUUACACGAUGACUUCAAAAAUGGUCACCAUGAGCCACAUCGCUCAGGCCAGGAAGGCUGUGGAACAACUUCGUAUGGAGGCUGGCAUCAAAAGAAUUCAAAUUUCCAAAGCUGCAGCUGAUCUGAUGCGUUACUGCGAGGACCAUGUAAUAAACGACCCACUGGUGGCAGGAAUCCCGACCUCAGACAAUCCUUUCAAGGACAAAAAGCCCUGCAUCAUAUUAUAACUUCACUCAGGGCACUGCCCACUGGGACCCCAGAUUCUGUCCAAAACAGAUCGAUUCUUCAUAUUUCACCCUGUAAUGUACUCCUCCCCUGUCUCUGUCUCCCCCACCCUGCAACCCCUCAAAUCCUGGGACCAGACGCAGAGUGGAACACAAGGAUGAAGCAGCGAAGAGAAAGAGAUUGGUGGGGGAAGACAGGGGAUUGUGUAUCACGGUCAGGCCUGAGGGAUCCCCCAGCUCUCACCCCAGCCACCCUGUGGUGUCCAAAGAGAGGCCCUUAAUAACUGUCCGCAACACACCCCACCACUUUCUUGCCAUUGGCUGCAGCUCCAUGGAGCUGGGGCAUGAGCUGGGCACAGGGUCGGGGCAAGUAUGUGUUUGUUGUUGGUUUAAAGUCUCCAAUUUGGAUCUGAAUGGUUUUUGACAAUUAAACGUUGGUCAGUGUUAA